UUUUGACGUUCAUUAUUGGUAAAUUUUUUUUGUAAAAUCAAUGGUGAAAAUGAAACUGAAAGCAUCAAGCCAAAAACAUUUAAUUUUAAUGAUCUCGUAAAAUAUUAAAAACUAGUUGAUAUGGAAAAUAUAGGGUAUGUUGAUGAGAUAUUUUCGUCUACUGAUAGUGCAGUCAACUCAAAUGAUUUCAUAAUUGCUCUUUUUGUUGUUGUGUUUGAUACAAAAAAAGGUUAUAAAGAUACAAUCGCAGAAUACCUUAAAGUUGAAGGUAAUUGCAUAGAAUGGUGUAUACCAAAUGACAUUGACUUAACCGGUGUUGAAUUUAAAGCAAUAGUAAGUGGAUCUCACACUGUUAUAGAAGAUUUUGUAUACUUCCGCCACCAGGAACAUUACGGCUUAAGUUGUUUUGCUUUAAAGUCAGUUAAUAAUGCAGAAGAAAGAGGUGCUCGUAUGAAAUCUGUGGGAAUAAUAUGCACAAAGUAUACUUCUUUACAUGAACAUCAGGAUUUUUUGGAACUUCAAGUUAAAUAUGUUUUGGAAAAACAGUACCAAUACCAUGACUUAAUAUCGUAUUACUUUACAUAUCGAAAUUGCCCAAACCGCAAUAAUGCAUUUAUUGAGAUAAAAGAUACAGAUGAUGAAGUAAAAUAUAAAAAGCAUUUUUCUGUUUUAAAGAUAAGACAUCCAGUUGGUUGCUUUUCACAGUUCAUUGCUUACUUUGGAGUCAGUAUAUUUGUUUUGUGGAAAUUUUUGUUGCUUAAAAAAAGAAUUUUGUUAUUUGCUCCUCCUCCUGUUGGUGCACAAUGCUAUAGAGUAUAUUGUCUUGGUCUUCUAGCAAAUCAUGGAUAUGACCUUCACAGGAAUUUUGUCAAUAAUUUAUUCUACGUUAAUGUGGGAAAUCUCCUGGCUCUUCAGAAUAUGGAUUCAUUUAUAGCUUGUACCACUGAAAGUAUUUUAUAUAACAAACAAGAAGCUUAUGACUUAUAUGUUAACAAGCAAAGUAUAGAAUGCCCAUCACAGCGUUUGAAACAUGUAACAAAAAUAAAUUCUGCUGAUUAUGAUAGAUACUCUCGCUUGUGUAAAUACAGUGAAGAACAACUUAGUUCUGGCUUGGAAGUUACAGAUGAUGAAGUUAUGUAUAUAAGAUUUUUUAUCGAACAAAAUAAUAGAAUAUUUAAAGUUCUUUAUGGCGUAGCUUCUCAAGAAGACAAGUCAAUUACUUCAAAUCAUAUGAAAGAAAUGGGUCUCGAUCCUCGUAGUGAUAGGGUAUUUGUAUCAGAGUUAGUAGAAUUGUAUGACAUCAAACUGCAGAUGUACAAUGGAGCAUGUUGUGGAAGCUAGCAUGAGUUGUGUUUUAUUUUAUUUUUUUAUUUUGUCAUUUUAAAAACAGUUACAAUUUUUUUAUCUAUUUUGAAUUUAUUUUUUAUUUUGAUACGUAUCAAAAUUUGUUUUUUUAUUUAAAGAUAUUUUUGUUUAAAAAUAUUUUUAUUUGCUAAAACAUGGAAGGAGCUUAUUGUACUAAUUUCUUUUUAAAUUUUAUAUUUCUCAAUCGUAAUUUUUACACUAUGAAAGGUUUAUUUUAAUGAAAUUAUUUUAAUAUAUUUUAUGUAAAUAAA